UACAUGACCGCGACCUUUUUCGGUGGUCAAGGAAACCAGCUGUUUGUGUACGCGUCCCUGUUGGGCAUAGCCAAGGCGCACAACAGGACAGCUUUUAUACGGAGGGGAACCAUUCUCGAGAGAGUUUUCGAGAUCACUCACGUCAACAACAACAUCAGUACAAACGGGUGGGUACCGGGUGCUCGCUUAACAUCAAACAGCGACCGCAGUUUCCGUAGCACACAUGGUCACGUUGUCCAGCCUCGCAGAACAUUGGGCCAGUGUAUCGUUAAAAAUCGGACUUGUUAAAUUUACGUCCAUUUAUUGUUUGCCUGCAACAUAAUUCUUUAAAUUUUAAUUUUUUUUAUUUUUAAGUGUGGGUGGAAUUGUCCGUAUCUUUUGUAAUUAUAAAAGGCAAAGAAUGACAAUGUUUAAGUUCGGUUACUUAUUCCCCACAGUACGGGCAAAAGUUACACAACCCUAGAUGGGAACAUUUUGUCGUUGAAACUGUAAAAUGUGUUUAAUGACAAGAUUAUAAAGUCAGUUUGUACUUCAAGUGACGGAAGUGGUUUGGUCAUUUGAAAUGUUACAAAAUUUUCUUUCAAAAAUUAUUUUGUUUUCAAUCGUUACAAAUUGCAAAUGAUUUAAGUAAAUUUUGGGACAAUAUGCAAUAACUUAAUUCAAUAAUUUAAUGCAAAAGUUUCAUGCAUUAAUUACUAGUGAUUUGAGACUUUUAUUAUAGCAAAUAAAAGUGAUUAAAAGGCAGUCUUUCUUGGAAUAAUGAGUGAUGUGUUAAUUUUAAAAAAAAAAAAAUAUCCGGGAAUAAAAGCCGUUAAUCUACGUUGUUAUUUUUUUUUUCUUUCUUUUUUUUCCAUUUUAGAUUCAUCACAGUGCGCGAGAAGAUGUUCGCGGCGUUUGAGACCAGACUGAUGAACGUCUCUAAAGAAAACAUCACAUUAGUUGGAUGUAUGCAGGUCUGGCGAUAUUUUACGAACAUCGAGGACGAAAUAAGGCGCGAGCUAACCUUUUUACCGCACUUGCGCAAACAGAUCAGUGGCACGCUGGGAAAAUUCAGAAACCAGUUCGAAGGUAACAUCAUCGUCGGCGUCCACGUCAGGCGCGGUGACUUCCUGUCCAGUGAAAACGUUAAAAAGGGAUACGGCGUUGCCAAUGCGUCGUAUUUCGUGAAGGCGUUUGCAAGAAUGAGGUCCAUGCUGAACGGCGCGAACGUCACAUUUAUUGUGGCAAGUGAUGACCUAACGUGGUGUCAUGCAAAUUUGAAUUCUCCAGACGUGCAAAUCUUGGCGCCCGGCUCAUCCAUGUGGCACUUUGGUGUUCUAGCCAACUGUGAUCACGUGAUAAUGUCGGGUGGAACCUACGGCUGGUGGGCGGCCUGGUUGGCGGAUGGAAUAACCAUUUAUUACCAGAAGUAUUUGGUUAAAGGAACAUGGCUCUUUAGGGGUGUGAAUUUACAAGAUUAUUAUCCAGCGAAAUGGGUUCCACUCGGUGAUUGAUCAACUUAAUUUAUUUUAUUCGAGAAAACGCUGACAUGGAUUUGGCCUUAUUUUUCUAAUAUUACAAUAUUAUCAAUUGUUUUAUUCACCAACAUGGAGUUUUCUUUUUUCAAUUGCAAGAGCA